AUGAGAAUUGUCACAGAUAAGCAAAUUAGAGACUUUUUUUUGCAAUUGGAUUCUAAUUCAAUACAAGGAUACAUUAUCGAACUACAUAAAAGUUUACAAUAUUUUUCAAAUGAUAAUAGUAUAAUACCAAAUAGAAUAGUGAAAAGUAUUCCUCAAUCGGAUGUUACUCACAUUUAUAUGCCUGUUAUUAGUGAUCUUUAUUCGGGUUUGAAAAAUUUAGUUUAUAAUCCAAGUAAUGGGAAUGGAUUUGUAGGCACUAUAUUAAUUGAUGAUUCAAUGGAUGGAUCACUUCGAGGUGUAUUGGAUGCGAAAGAGAUAACUGGUAUUAGAACUGCAAUGGCCAGUUGCAUACCUCUUUUGAAUCAUUUGCAAGAUUAUAUUAAUGACGAUGCUCAAACUUUGAAUGUAACUGUGUUUGGCACUGGUUUACAAUCGUUUUGGCAUAUUUUCAUUCUAAUUAAAUUAUAUGAACAAUCCAAACUUUUAAAAUGCAUCAAUUUAACAAUUUUAUUCAGAAAUCAAGAAUUACAAUUGGAUUCAUUAUUAUCAAACUUGGAGAAUUCCACUAUUACAUUAAAUAUCAUGCAGAAGAACUGGAAUGAUAAUAUUUCAGAUAUUAUAACGUCAAGUAAUAUUAUUUUCGGUUGUGUACCAAGUACUACACCGCAUUUGCUAUAUGAGGAUAUCAUGAAAAACCAAAAAAAUGGCCAAUGUACAUAUAUAUCAUUGAUUGGAAGUUAUAAACCAGAAAUGCACGAAUGUGAUUCUGAUUUGAUUGACAAAUUCACUUCUCAAAAUGUUAAGAUAAUCGUUGAUUCAAUAGGUCACACCUUAAUUGAGGCAGGCGAGCUUAUUCAAUCACAUGUUAAAGGAUCACAAUUACUAGAAAUCGGUCAACUGUCUAAAUCAAAUUCACCAGUUUUGGAAAUUCAUCAAAAGAAAGUAACUAUUUGUAAGAUUGUUGGAUUGGCAAUAAUGGACAUUGCAGUGGCUAAUAAAUAUUUAAAUGACACUUAUCAUAUGAAAAGUUAA